AUGAGGAAUGAAGAAGAGAGCGCGCCUCCUGCCUCCCCGCGCAGUGGGGGAUUCGUCGCCAUCGGCGCCAGCGCGCCUCCCGCCUCCCCGCGCAGUGGGGGAUUCGUCACCAUCGGCGCCAGCGCGCCUCUCGCCUCCCCGCGCAGUCAGGGAUUCGUUGCCAUUGGCGCCAGCACGCCUCCCGCCUCCCCGCGCAGUGGGGGAUUCGUCGUCAUCGGCGCCAACGCGCCUCCCGCCUCCCCGCGCAGUUUGGAAUUCGUCGCCAUCGGCGCCAACGCGCCUCCUGCCUCCCCGCGCAGUUGGGGAUUCGUCGCCAUCGGCGCCAACGCGCCUCCCACCUCCCCGCGCAGUUGGGGAUUCGUCGCCAUCGGCGCCAGCGCCCCUCCCGCCUCCCCACGCAGUGGGGGAUUCGUCGCCAUCGGCGCCAGCGCGCCUCCCGCCUCCCCGCGCAAUUGGGGAUUCGUCGCCAUCGGCGCCAGCGCGCCUCCCGCCUCCACGCGCAGUGGGGGAUUCUUCGCCAUCGGCGCCAGCGCGCCUCCCGCCUCCCCGCCCACUGGGGGAUUUGUCGCCAUCGGCACCAGCGCGCCUCCUGCCUCCCCACGCAGUGGGGGAUCCGUUGAGCUCUUCUUCGCCGUUAUCACUCGGCGCAUCCAUGUUCACAUCGUCAUCAUGGUGACGCUCGUCUUCCAUUCCGCGCCGGCCUCCUGCCAGAUCCCACGGAUCGCUGGUGGCGGGCCGCCUUCCUGGCUCCGAUCUGAUGUGCAGAUCUGCCCUGCGUCCUCCAGCUCGCACACCCACUGGCGUCACCAGAUCGGCGCAAUACGCCGCCCUCCACGGCGAGCGCCUCAGCGACCUCCCACGCUCCCUUGA